AUGGUGUUUUGGCAGAUACUCCACAACUAAGUUCAACUAUAUUUUACAUUUAUUGUAAUUCUCAAACACGUGGACCUUUCCUAGGUCAUUCUGAUAGCGGUGAUCAUUGCCAAGGUGACCGUGCUUGUGGUGGUGGUCGUACUGUCCUCUGUCAUAAUGGUCAGUUUGGAGUCAUCCGACGUGGUGGUGGUGAAGUCAUGUUCAAGUUGGCUGUUAUGGCAGAGUUGGUUUUUUGUAGUAGUGGUCACCAUGAUGGUGGUGAUGGCCAUGUUGGUUGACAUUUCAGCUGUGGCACUAGUGACGGUUAUGGUUGAUAUGAUAAUGGUCCUAAUAGUGGAAGUCAACAGCCUGGACAAUGUCAAGUUGGUAUUUCCACCAGUAGUUCGAGUGGGUGAUGAAGCUACACUUCUGUGUCUGUAUGACUUGGAGGGAGAGCCUUUAUACUCUGUCAAGUGGUACAGAGGAAACCAUGAGUUCUACCGGUACAUGCCAAAGGAAUCGCCACCAAGCCGUGUUUUUCCUUUUAAGGGAAUAAUGGUCGAUGUAA